AUGGUCGACAUCGUCCCCCUAAGCAGCUACCCCUCCUACAUCGACCUCCUCCCCUCAAUCCAAACCUGCAACAUAACCAACCUCCCCGAAAAUUACUUCCUGAAAUACUACCUCUACCACGCCCUGACAUGGCCGCAGCUGAGCUUCGUCGCCGUCGUGCGGCCCCGCACAGGCUACAAGACUAAUUCCUCUGGCCCGGGGCUGGCUGGCGAUGUCUCCGGACAGUAUCCGAAGGUAGUCGGGUACGUGCUUGCGAAGAUGGAGGAGGAACCGGCGGAUGGAAAGCCACAUGGACAUAUUACUAGUUUGAGUGUUAUGCGGACGCAUAGACGGCUGGGGAUUGCGGAGAGGUUGAUGAGGAUGAGUCAACGCGCAAUGGCCGAAUCCCACCGCGCACACUACGUCUCUCUACACGUGCGCAUGUCCAACGUUGCCGCUUUGCGUCUGUACCGCGAUACGCUCGGUUUCGAGGUCGAGAAGGUCGAGGCUGGAUACUACGCUGACGGGGAAGAUGCGUAUGCGAUGAAAUUGAAUCUGGAGAAGAUGUGGCUGGAUUGGAAGGCUAUUGAGAAGAAGGAUCGGGAGAAUAAUAAGGAAGAGGAUAAGGAGGGUGGCAAUGAGGAUGAGGGGGAGGAGGUGGGCGAUCUGGGGAAGAAGGAUGCCGAGAAGAUGAUUCGCGUUAAGGUUGGGAGGGGUUUGGGGGUUGGUGAUUUGGUUGAGAAGAAUGAGGCGCAGGCUCAGUAG